AUGACCACGAAGCGACUGAUCAUUCUGGCCCAUUGCUCUCUCUUCCUCCGCCAAGUCCUCCGUUUGACGCCGCAAGACCUUCUCCCGACGGUUCAACUGAUGAUCAACAAAUUAGCUGCAGACUAUGCCGGAAUUGAGUUGGGUAUUGGCGAGUCAUUCAUCAUGAAGGCUAUCGGCGAAAGUACGGGGCGUAGUUUGGCUGUGAUCAAAGCAGAUCAACACGAGAUCGGCGAUCUGGGCUUGGUAGCUGCCAAGAGUCGAUCAAACCAGCCGACCAUGUUCAAACCCAAGCCCCUGACCGUCAGAGGGGUGCAUGAAGGUCUGAUCGCUAUUGCCAAAAUCCAGGGCCAGGGAUCUCAAGAUAAGAAGAUCUCCGCUAUCAAGAAGCUUCUUUCCGCGGCCGAUGCCGCAACGGCAGGAAAAGGUGGCAAGGGUGUCGACAUUACGAAGGACAAAGGAGGCCCCAGCGAAGCCAAGUUCAUCGUCCGAUUCCUGGAGGGCAAGUUGAGACUUGGCCUGGCGGAAAAGACAGUCCUCGUGGCUCUCGCUCAAGCGGUGGUGGCCCAUGAGGCUGCUGUCAGAGGCGAAAAGGCACCUUCUCCUGAGAAGAUGGCGCAGGGCGAAGCUGUCCUUAAGACGGUAUACAGUGAGCUACCCGCUUACGAAGUCAUCAUCCCUGCAAUGCUCGAACAUGGCCUGUUCAACUUACCCAAGGUCUGCAAGCUACAACCAGGAAUUCCCAUCAAGCCCAUGCUUGCAAAACCUACGAAGUCUAUCACUGAGGUGCUCAACCGAUUCGAAGGAAAGGAUUUCACCUGCGAGUACAAGUAUGAUGGCGAGCGAGCUCAGAUCCAUUACGUCGCACCCGAUGUCAUUCAGAACUACCCGGGGGCAACAGCUACCCUGCAAAAGGAUUCCAAGGGACUUAGUGCGAUUUUCUCACGAAACUCGGAAGACUUGUCAAAGAAGUACCCCGAUGUGCUGGCCAAACUCGAGACUUGGGUCAAGGACGGAGUGAAGAGCUUUGUCUUGGACUGUGAGACUGUGGCUUGGGACACGGUGAACAAGAAGGUUCUACCAUUCCAGCAGCUUAUGACUCGUAAACGGAAGGAUGUCAAAGCAGAGGAUGUCAAGGUCAAAGUUUGCAUUUUUGCAUUUGAUCUUCUGUUUUUGAAUGGCGAAGCUACUGUCAAGAAGACGUUACGCGAACGUCGCGAGCUCCUGCACAAGUCAUUCGAGGUUGCUGAGGGCGAAUUCCAAUUCGCUCAGCACGGCGAUACGAAUGAUCUGGAAGAGAUUCAGAAUUUGCUGGACGAAAGUGUCAAGGCGUCAUGCGAAGGGCUGAUGGUGAAAAUGUUGGAUACGGAAGAGAGCGGCUACGAGCCCAGCAAACGAAGUCGUAACUGGCUGAAGGUCAAGAAGGAUUACCUCGCAGGCGUUGGAGAUUCCCUCGACCUCGUUGUGCUUGGGGCUUACUAUGGCCGGGGCAAGCGGACGUCUGUCUACGGAGCUUUCCUGCUGGCUGCGUACAAUACAAGCACACAGACUUACGAGACGAUCUGCAACAUUGGCACGGGUUUCUCAGAAGCGCUUCUGGAAGAGCUCCAUAAAGAGCUCUCGCCUUUCACGAUAGACCGGCCCAAGCCGUUCUACUCGCAUUCCACCGUCCCCAAGGAUCAACCCGACGUGUGGUUUGAACCACGGUUGGUCUGGGAGGUGAAGACAGCGGAUCUGACCCUGAGCCCACGGUAUAAGGCUGCAGCCAAUGAAUUCGUGGGGACCACGGGCGGUGGAAAGGGCGUUUCUCUCCGCUUUCCACGGUUCAUCAAAUCACGCGACGACAAGAAGCCCGAGCAGGCGACGACCACGAGGGCAGUGGCAGAGAUGUAUCGGAAGCAGGAGGCCGUCCUGAAAGAAAACGCCGGCAAAGGAGGCGUGGACGAUGACUUUGAGUAUUGA